AUGCCCCGACCUCCUCUGCGCGCCAGGGCGCGUCAUAGCCAACUCUCCAACCCCGCUGCGUCUGCUCCUCAGCAACCCUCGCCCCUCGCCGCCCCGCUUCCAACAAACAAGCAACACGAUUCCCUCAUGAGAGACGAAGACCACGACUCAUCAAACUUAACCGAGACCGACCGCCCGUCCCUCCCACUAUAUAACACGACCUUCUAUACCUACCGCGUCUCGCCCCUUCACAUGGGCAAUGAGCCCCUCACCACUGCCCGCCUCUCCCGCCUCUCUCACGGCCUACGCGAUGCACUCGUCGGGGACGUCGUGCGCGGCGUUCAGGUACGCCUCCCCGCCGAGAAUGCCUCAGACGAUCAGCGAUACGGCUCCCUCGUGCUCGUCACAAUGAUGUGGGUUGAGGUGUUUGAGGGAAACAACGGCCUCUUGUUGACGCUGCAGUACGAGGCUGCCGAGUGUCACGCCCUACUCCUUCCUGGGGAAGAGGGCGUCAAUCCACUGUCGUUAGCUUCGGCGCAGCUGCCCCUACUUCUCAUCCGCAUGCCGCCGGCACUGCGGCUUGCUGUGAUUGAAUUUCUAGAAAAGGAAUUCGACUGCCGUAUCAGCCCUCUUGCACUUCGGGGAAGCAAUAUUGUCGAGGCGUGGGAAAACUGGGCGGAUCACGUCGGCUUGCAGAGCUCGUCUCCUUCGGCCAUGCUUUCCAAAGAUCUUGUUUUGACGUUGGGCUUCCGAUUGCCCGCUACGACGGAAAAAUCCACGAUUGGGCUCAAGUCGAUUGAUGUGAUAGUUCCCGCCUCAGACCUACGCCGGUUUAUGGAUGAGGGGCGGAAACAGGUUCAACGCACGAAGCAAGAGCGACCUUUUACCGUAGCGUUGAAAAGCUAUCUACAAGCUCACCUUGCUCUCGACAUGGAUCACCCUGCCGUGCUGCUUAUAAAGGUGGCUUGUGGUGGAUUUGUCAUCUCGGAGGGUCGGCUCAAGUUGUUUGAGCCGCCUGUACCUGACGAUGAAACCAGUGAGGCCAGGUCAAAGGAGACCGAGGCUGCCGAUCAACUGCUUCAGAACUUCACAUCCAAAAACGACGAUGACAUCGUUAUAACCUAUGCCGCUCGUACCCCACUAGGCAAAGCCCGCAAGGGCGGCUUCAAGGACACCUCGCUCGAGUACAUGGUGUUUGCGCUCUUGGAACAAGUGCGGCAACGCAGCAAGAUCGACCCAAGCCUCGUCGAAGACAUUUGCAUGGGCAAUGUCUCAGAUGGCAAGGCCGCCUACAAGCUCCGCGCCGCCGCUCUUGCCGCCGGCUUCCCCAACACACACUCUGCCUCGUCGGUCAACAGGUUUUGCUCGUCGGGCCUCAAGGCGACGGCCGAUAUUGCACAUGCCAUUAGCAACGGCAGCAUCGAGGUUGGCAUCGCUCUUGGUGCUGAGAGCAUGUCCAUCGGCGGUGACGCGUUGGAGCAGCCCUUUGACGAGGACGUCACCUCAAAAAGCCAAGAGUCGAAGGACUGCAUGAUGCCCAUGGGCUGGACGUCAGAGAACGUUGCGAGUGACUUUGGCAUCAGCCGCGAGGAAAUGGACAAGUUCGCUGCCCUCAGCUUCCAGAAGGCUGAGAAGGCACAAAAUGACGGCUGGUUCGAUGACGAAAUUGUCCCGAUCCGCACCAAGGUCAAGGGCCCCGACGGCGAGGUCAAGGAGGUCACGCUGACCAAGGACGAGGGCAUCAGGCCCGGCACGACAGCCGAGACCUUGGGCAAGAUUCGCGCCGCGUUCCCGCAGUGGGGAACCACGACCACGGGAGGAAACGCCAGCCAGGUGACGGACGGUGCCGCGGCGGUGUUGCUCAUGAAGCGAUCGACGGCCAACAGACUUGGGCAGCCCAUUAUGGCCAAGUAUGUCGGGUCGACGACGGCGGGCCUGGCGCCUCGCAUCAUGGGAAUUGGCCCAACUGUCGCCAUUCCCAAACUGCUGGCCAAGUACGGCAUCACGCUGGCUGACUGCGACGUGGUCGAGAUCAACGAGGCGUUUGCGAGUAUGGCAGUCUACUGUCGCGACAAUCUCGGACUCGACGCCGAGACCAAGAUGAACCCUCGCGGCGGUGCCAUCGCACUCGGCCACCCGCUCGGAGCGACCGGUACGAGGCAGAUCGUGACUGGUCUGAGCGAGUGCAGGCGGACGGGCAAGAAGAUCUUGCUGACCAGCAUGUGCAUCGGCACUGGUAUGGGCAUGGCCGGAUUGUUCGUUAAUGAGCAGUAG